AUGCGGCCCGCCAAAAGAAUUCAUGCGCCCGCCAAAAGAAACUGCGUGACUCGCCAAAGAAUUCAUGCGGCCCGCCAAAAGAAUUCAUGCGGACUGCCAAAGAAUUCAUGGACCGGCCAAAAGAAUUCAUGGCCCGCCAAAAGAAUUCAUGCGAAUCGGCAAAAGAGUUCAUGCGGCCCGCCAAAGAAUUCGCGACUCGCCAAAAGAAUUCAUGGCCUUGCCAAAGAAUUCAUGCGGUCUGCCAAAAGAGUUCAAAGAUCCGCCAAAAAGAAUUCAUGUGACCUGCCAAAAGAAUUAUGCGACUCGCCAAAAAGAAUUCAUGCGACUCGCCAAAAGAAUUCAUGCGACCUGCCAAAAGAAUUCAUGCGACUCGCCAAAGAGUUCAUGCGACUCGCCGCCAAGAGUUCAUGCGACUCGCCAAAGAAUUCAUGCGACUCGCCAAAGAGUUCGCGGCCCGCCCAAAGAAUUCAUGCGACUCGCCAAAAGAAUUCAUGCGACUCGCCAAAAAAUUCGUGCGAUGCCAAAGAGGCGUUCAUACGCCAGCACGCGAAAAAAAUUCACCGUGCCCGCCAACAAUUCAUGCGACUCGCCAAAAGAAUUCAUGCGACUCGCCAAAAUUUUCAUGUGGCCCGCCAAAAGAAUUCAUGCGACUCGCCAAAAGAAUUCAUGCGACUCGCCAAAUUCAUGAUUCGCCAAAAGAGUCGCAAAAAGAAAUUCAUGCGACCUGCCAAAAAAUUCGCGGCCCAUAAAAAGUUCCCGGCAUGGACUCGCCAAAAGAAUUCAUGCGACUCGCCAAAAGAGUUCAUGCGGCCCGCCAAAGAAUUCAUGCUACUCGCCAAAGAAUUCAUGCCAUGCGGCUCGCCAAAAGAAUUCAUGCGACUCGCCAAAAGAAUUCAUGGCCAGCCAAAGACUCGCGACAAAGAGUUCAUGCGGUCGCCAAAAGAAUUCAUGCCACUGAAAAUUCUCGCCAAAAGAAUUCAUGCGACCGCCAAAAGAAUCUAUGCGGCCCGCCAAAGAAUUCAUGCGACUCGGCAAAAUAAUUCAUGCGACUCAAAGAAUAAAAAGAAUUCAUGCGACUCGCCAAAAGAAUUCAUGCGACUCGCCCAAAGAAUUCAUGCGACUCGCCAAAGAUUUCAUGCGGCCCGCCAAAGAAUUCAUGCGACUCGCCAAAGAGUUCACUCGCGGCCCAUGCGACCUCGAAUUCAUACGACGCUAAGACUCGCCAAAAAAGUUCAUGCGACCCGCCAAAGAAUUCAUGCGACUCAUAAAAAGAAUUCGUGCGACUCGCCCAAAGAGUUCAUGGCCCGCCAAAAGAUUCAGCGACCGCCAAAAGAUUCAUGCGACUCGCCAAAAAAUUCAUGCGGCCCGCCAAAAGAAUCAUGCGACUCGCCAAAAGAACGCCACUCGCAAAAAAUUCAUUGCGGCCCGCCAAAAGAAUUCAGCGCGACUCGCCAAAAGAUUCAUGCGGCUCAGCCAAAAAGAAUUCAUGCGGCCGCCAAAAGACCCAUACGACUCAUAAAAGAAUUCAUGCCACUCGCCAAAAUUCAGCCGGCCGCCAAAAAGAAUUCAUGCGACCCGCCAAAAGAGUUCAUGCCACCCGCCAAAAUUCAUGCAACUCGCCAAAAUAAUUCAUGCGACUCGCCAAAAAAAAAGUUCAUGCUGCUCGCCAAAGAAAUUCUGCGACUCGCCAAAAAAGUUCAUGCGCUCGCCAAAGAAUUCAUGCGACUCGCCAAAAGAAUUCAUGCGGCCCGCCAAAAGAAUUCAUGCGACUCGCCAAAAAGAGUUCAUGCGGCCCGCCAAAAAUCGUGA